AUGGACUCCUCCAGCCCAAACGGUGCCCCCCCGGCCCUCCGAUAUAUCCCUCUGUCCUACAGUCCCGCCGAUUCGCAAGCCUCCGCCCUCCGCCUCAUCCUGACCCUUCUCCCCGACUGGGAGGGACCCGGCAACAAGAUCGAGUUCGUGCGAUUCACCGAUGGCAUCACCAAUACUCUCCUGAAAAUCAUCAACCGCAAGCAGGGCUUGACGGACGAGCAGAUUGACAAUGAGGCGGUACUGAUGCGCGCAUAUGGCAAUGGCACAGAGAUUCUUAUUGACCGUGAAAGAGAAACCACAUCCCAUGCCCUCCUCGCCAGCCGAGGCCUCGCUCCGCCCCUUCUUGCGCGCUUCAAGAAUGGCCUCCUUUACCGGUUCAUUCGCGGCAAGCCUUGCGGUCACGAAGACCUGGUCACCCCUCCGAUCUUCCGUGGGGUUGCGCGCAAACUCGCACACUGGCACGCCGUACUCCCUACCACUGGGGCAGGCUCUGCUCCCUCAGACGAAGCCUCUGUGGCCGACAAGCAGUCCGAUUUGACUGUCAUCCAACCGCGGCGCGCCGGCUCGUCCAUGUGGGCGGUCCUCCAGCGAUGGGUCCUCGCUCUUCCCGUGGCCACACCAGAGCAGCGGGCCCGGCGAUUGAGCCUGCAGCAGGAACUCCAGUGGGCGGUGGGCCAACUUGAUGAUGGGCAAGGCAUUGGUGAAGACGGUCUGGUUUUCUCGCACUGUGAUCUCCUGUGCGCGAACGUGAUUGUCCUCCCGAGCGACGAAGCCCGUCCACAAAUCUCGGACGAUGGCAUUGCCCCGGUCAACUUUAUCGAUUACGAGUACGCCGUUCCCGCACCGGCAGCCUUCGAUAUUGCCAACCACCUGGCCGAGUGGAUCGGCUAUGACUGCGACUACAACAUGAUCCCUACCAAAUCGGUGCGCCGGGAAUUCCUGACCGAGUAUACCAAGAGCUACUGCCAGCACCGUGGCCUUGAGCCGUCCUCGGAGCCUGAGAUCGUCGACCGGCUCUACCAGGACGUUGAUCGGUUCCGUGGCAUUCCUGGAUUGUACUGGGGGGUGUGGGCUCUGAUCCAGGCCCAGAUUUCGCAGAUUGACUUCGAUUACGCCAGCUACGCUGAGCUCCGCCUAGGCGAGUACUGGGCGUGGAAGCGUGAGGUUGACGGGAGCCGACAACUGGCCGGCGAGAGCAUGCCCCUCCGUGAGGAGCGCUGGGCGCAGGAGGCAUAG